CAUUGAGUUUGAGUUUCAGUGAAAUUUGGGCUCAAUUAGAGUUGCUGGUGUUUUUAUAAGAUAAAAAGUUUCGUUGUGUUGUUUAAAAUCACUUCUGGGCUUAUGGCAAGGAAUUUGAUGUCUUCAUCUGCUUCUUCAAUAUGUUUCACAGCAGAAGUUUGUUUGUUUAAAACAGGACUUGUACCAUCAUAUUUUUCUAUUUUAUGGAACUUUUUAGAAUCUCUAAACAACCUGAGGCCACACUUGUGCUCAGAAUUAUCGAUGGAUUUCACAGGAUUUAAUAAUACCAUACACUACCCCACAACUGUUCCUCUAAAGCUCUGGACAAGUGUUUAGUUACAUAGUUUUCAAACUCAGGAGUCACUCUGAAUAAAUUAAAUCAUCAUUCUGGACCUUCCUAAGUGACGGAAUGUUUAUAUUAUUUUUCACAGUAUUAUCUAAAAUGUGAAAAUAAAUAAACUAACAUUUCACUGAAGCUCAAACUUGAACUGUAACCAAUGGCCAACAUGUCUCCGUUCAGGUUAAAUGUUCCUAGUUUGGGGCCAGAUAUAAUUGGUCCUCCAAGCAACCCAAAAAAGAGAAGGAAAAAUAAUCAAGCUCCCCCCAUUCAACCACCUCCAAAUGUCCAGGAUUUAUUGCCUCCCACUCCUAGUGGAUAUGGUGAUACCAUAGUUGCUUCUAACCCCUUUGAUGACUGCCCGAGCACUUUAAGUAAUAUGGGAAUGAAUAGGGGACCGCCUAUGGGCCCCAUGGGUGGACCAAUGGGCAUGCCCCAUAACAUGGCUUGUAAUAUGGGAAUUGGACGUCCUAUGGGACCUGGGCCUAUGGGUCCGAUGGGUUCACCAAUGAUGCACAGUCCCAAUGCGAUGGGUGGCCCCAUGAUGGCCAAUGGGCCCAGAAUGGGUGGCCAUAUGGGACCAGGGCCCCAUGGACAUGGAGGCCCUCAUAUGAUGAACAGCCCUAAUGGUCCUGGAGGACCUAUGCACCCCAACAUGACUGGUCCCCCAAUGCACAGUCCAAUAGGCGGCAUGGGUCCCAUGCAAGGACCGAUGGGUCCAGGAGGUUGCGGACCCAUGGGUGGUCCGAUGGGAGGCCCCAUGAAUGGACCGAUGAACGGGGGUGGACCCCAGGGACCCCAAUCCAUGGGACCGAUGAACGGACCCAUAAGUGGACCCAUGUCCAGUCCGAUGAAUAAUCAUCCGAUGAACGGACCGAUGAAUGGCCCCAUGAACGGUCCUAUGGGAAGUCCUAUGAAUGGACCGGGGGGCCCUGGAGGUUCCAUGGGCGGCCCGCACGGAGGAGGUGGGGGACCUCAUGGUCCAGGAGGUGGAAUGGGACCGAUGAAUGGGCCCAAUGGGCCUAUUGGAAUGUUUUUAGGCCCUCCGAUGAACAAUAACAAUUUCAUGAUGUCCCCCAUGAAUAAUAUGUAUUCGAAACCCAUGCCGGUGAGCGCCGGUAAAGUGUAUCCAGUGGAUCAACCCAUGGUGUUUAAUUCACAAAACCCUAACGCACCUCCUAUUUACCCAUGUGGAGUUUGUCAUAAAGAAGUUCACGACAACGACCAAGCGAUCCUCUGCGAGAGCGGGUGUAACUUUUGGUUUCAUCGGGGCUGUACGGGCCUAACGGAGCACGCUUUCCAACUGUUAACAGCCGAAGUCUACGCGGAAUGGGUCUGCGACAAAUGCCUCUCGACCAAAAAUAUACCGUUGGUCAAGUUCAAACCUUAGUAUCCCCCUAUUUUCGUAAGGAGCGUAUAGGAGAUAAAUAGCCUGGCCAGGUUGGAGGUAUAAAACGGUCGAAGGUGGGCAAUCUUGAGAUUUUUUUUUUAAUAUAGCGUUAUUAAAAUUAUUUAUUUAAAAAAUUAUAUCUUACAAGCAAAUCAAGUCAUAACUAUUUUAUAAUAAACUUUUGUUCGUGAUUAAGAAGACUGAUACACUGUAUAAAACAAACAUUUAUUUGGAAAAAAUUCAAGACACAAUCUGCUUUGUCAUGCCAUAUUCGCAAUAAUCCCUUGACAAACGAUUCUAAUCUUAUUUUUUAACGGGCUUCACAGAGUGUUUUUUGUGUAUUUUAGCUUUAGUUUGAUUUUUGCCAUCCUUCGACCAAGUAAUCACAGUAGUUUAAUCAUGUACAUACAAUGUUUAUGAAAAAGACUUAUUUUUCCUGUAUCUAUAUUAUAAUUUGCUGGUAUACGGGGUGUCCCAAAGUCGCCGUUAUAAUAAUGAAAACUAUGCUUUACCUAUUAAAUUUCAGAUACGAACUAUUUAGUGUAAUAGUCUUUGUGAUUUAUAGGGUAUUUAAAUUUUAUAAAACUUAAAGUAAGUUGUCCAGGGACAAAUUGUCAAUUGACUGAUAUCUUUGGUUAAAAUAGUUUUACUUACAAUAACUGAUGCGAGUAGAAACCUUGGGAUAAUAAGGUAUAAAAUUUCUACGAUUAUAGUAAAUUUGUUGAAUAUUCAGUAAUGAUCACUUAUAAAUUAAGAUUAGGCCUUGAUGCAUAGGAAUUUGUUUCGAACUAGUAAUAAUUAGUAAUACUAAUGUCUGGACCACAUUAAAAUUCAAAUUUUUAACAUCUGGAUAGCACCCUGUUUAUCCUUUUAAAUUCGGCAUAGAAGAUUUAAAAUAAUGUGAUAAAACAAGGGAGUAAUCAUCUAGGCGCUCAAGAAUUAAGAGCUUAAAUUGGUCCAUAGGACAUUAUUGUGAAUAUAGAGGGUGGUUUUGUUAUUUUUUCAUAAAUAGAAGGCCCCUGUAGCUUCGUCUAUACUUAUUUUUCUUUUGAAUUUUGCUGGUAUAAUUCACAUAGUACAACUUAUGCUAGAAAUGUAUCUACAAAAAUUUAGUUCCAGGAUCGGACUAGAAUAUUUAAGUAUUUGUUUCUCUUGUAAGAAAAACCUUGUAGGAACAAAAUAGGAUAAAAAAAUAAUUUGGCACGCUCGCAGAAGUUGCUAAACAAAAAGUAUACAUUUGAAUAUGUUUUUUUAACUUCUUUUUGUAAGAAUGUGUUUUACAUGCAUACCAGUGAUUUUGCAAUAAAGUAAAUUGGUAAAAUACAAUUUUAUCAGGCUUGAACUUACAUUUUUUUACCAUGAUUUUUUUUUUACAUAACAUUUAAGUAUUUCCAAAAUAAUUCGCAUAAAGUAAUUAUGUAUUAAGUUCCCUUUUUUCUUUCUUUUUACAAAUUAAAUUAUUUUUAAAUAUCAAACCCUUACGGAUACUGAUACAAUGUGAGUAAAAAAACAUGUAAAAUUUUGUUCAAAUAGUAAAUUUUCAUAAUGCAUCCACCAGCAUUUAUACACUCUUCAGCUUGUUUAUGCAAGUUUAACAUAAUAUUUCUAACAAACGUGUUAAGGCUAACCUAAGCGUAAUAGGUAGUAACGGGAUCAAUUAAUUGUUGACUAUUUUACACUACUAUAAGCUUUUUCUUUUAAAUAACCUCACAAAAAUAGUCUACUGGGUUUAAGUCAGAGCAUCUUGGCGGCCAAGAAACCGGCCCUCCAACCAUUUGGAAAUUUAUUGUCUAGACAUUAGAUCCGCACCAAAAUGUGCUGAAAUACAUUUCUCGUAAAUUUACAUGGUGCUCUAGUAGAAAACUAGAGCUAAAAUUAUAAGGCCAGUGAGUGCAAUGAGUGAACAUUUUUAUUUGAAAGGACAGACGUGUGAACUUCGUGUACUACAAUCACGAUCUCGCGUAUUGGGCCUCAUCUAGAGAUGGGAAUACCGUUUCAAAUUAUGGCGCGGUUCCUGUAGCGACAGUUCCAAAGAAAUACCGCGAUUUAGUAACCGAUAUUUCCCGUACGGAGAGACGGCUCACGGCGGCGCUGCCACGGACCGGCGACUGUCUCCUUAAUUAAUAAACUUGUUCUUGGCUCGUUUAAAACGUACUUAACAGAAUGAGUAUAAGUGUUAAAAAAUUAUUUUUAAAAUCGUAUUUUAAAGCAAUAUUAAAUUUAAAGCUAUUUAAAAACAUUUGUAUCUAAAAUUCUUCUUACGAGCUUAUUCUAGUUUAAUAAUUUUGACUAAAAAUACCUUUAUUACUAUUACUAACAUUCCAUUUAAAACCAUUUAACAUCCCAUUUAAAAGGUUGCAUUUUUUUUGCCUCACUAGCAUAUUUAUAUUUAUAGUAUAGAGUUCAAUGAUGCCGAUACCGUGAUCCGCCAUUUGACACUUGGCGGAACCGCGAUUUUGACGUAUUUUUCCUACAAGGAAACUUUGAUGGCCCAGGCGCGAAUCGACAUCGUAGUUCCUUCGGUUCCAUAGUAACCGGUUACUUUAUAGUUGUGGAGCGCGACAAUACGUUCCUAAAAAAUACCGCGGCAAAAAUCGCGGUAUUGAAAUACCGACCCAUCUCUAGCCUCAUCAGUAAAUAGGAUUGGAGAACCUUCUAUGCGCUUGUAUCCAUUACGAAAAAAGAAACUCUAGAUACCUAAUCUCCCUCUUGUAAUCUUUGUACCUGUUGGAUAUGAUACGGGCAUACAAUUUCUUUGCGAAGCACACACCAUACAAUGAAGAAGCAACACAUGUUGGUGGUAAUCUUCAUUGAGCACCUAUUCUUCUAACAUUUGUCUUAGGAUUUUCGCGUACAAUGUCCUUUUUUUCUUCCUGGACCGCCGCUUUUCCAUUACCGUCACAAUAUCCGUAAACAAAAAUAAUAUCUGCAUAUUCAGAAUUUGAAAAUAGUGGCAUUGAUACAUAAUUCAGUAAAAUAAUUUAAAUUUAUGAAAUAAGAGCAAGGAAAGAUGAAAAAAAUUUAAAUCAUUUUAAUAUAAUUUUUUUACCAACUUCUUCGGGCGUGCUAAAUGAGUUUUUAUUUUAUUUUCUUUACAGUUUGAUGUAGUUUUAGAAGAGUUGAAACAAAUAGCACAAUUAAAUCUACAGGGUGUUUUUUAAACAUAUAUAUAUAAAUAUUCUAGUCCGAACCUAAAAUUAAAUCUUUGUAGAUACACUACUAGCUUUAGUUGUACUAAGUAAAUAUUUCUUUUGCAUCUCGCAAAUACGUUCCUUGAAUUAUCACCACAUUUAAAAAUCGUGUACUUGCCUCUAGAUCCUGAUGCCGGCAAGAGGGGUAAAUCUUAACAUGCAAGGGAUCUUUAUAUCUAAAAACGUGAAAUUUUAAUUAAUUGAUUACAAAAAAACGAAUCUGAACAUUUAAUGCCAGAUAUUUUGAAACAGCCUUUUUUUUAGUGUGAUUACUGCCUCAUUCAGUUCAAUUCAGGCUCACAACAAACAACAUGCAUACUUCUUAAUCCAAUUCUCAUUUAAUCUUUUGUCGCAAUAUUUUCCUCGGCUAUUUUCGUUUUUUACAGAAACACUCUGAUCAAAGUUUUCGAUCGUAACAACAACAAAUACGUUGUUAACACAUCAACACCUAACGACCACGAUUAACGAUUGUAUGGCAGAAUUUUAAAAAGUCAGAUGAUCUGCACGAUGUCGUCGUGCGAAUUUACCGCCUCCUAUUGGCCAUAUCGUAAUGCGUUUUUGUGUCAGAUUAUUUGAUUUAUUCUGAGCUAAUACGUGUAUAGAAGAGGUGAAAAUAAAUCAAAAACCGCAAUAAACUAAACUUGUCCUUGUGUGGACAUAAUGCGCUUUGAUAAGUUACUUCUUAUUUGUUAGAACGGUGAUUUUGGGACAGCCCCUAUAAAGCGCGGUUCUUGUUACAGUAAAACUUCUACGCUAAUAUCUGUUUAAUUUUAAUUGUACAAAACUACCUUAUAAGUAGGAAGUAAAUAAAUUAUACAGCAUAUUAUAUAUGUGCCAUUAUAAAAACUACUUUUAGGGAAUCAUUAGUAAAUUAUUUUUGAUAAAUGGUUCAUUAAUGAUUUCAAACUAUUUUAAUAUGCCCCCAAGCAAUAUGUAAUAAUGUUUAAAACAAAGGAUGCCUGGACGCAUUAAAGUCAAUUAAAAACGUAAUGUAAUGUUAAAGUAGCUGUUUUUUUAUUGUUUCAAUUUUAAUCUCAUCGAUUAGAAAAAAAGGAUAGAACAAUUAUGCUAAAAUAAUUUAAUAAUAAGCAAUUCAACUCUGAUAGAUAGUGAUAUAAUUUUAAAACUAUUAUACAUUUAGGUAUUGUUAAAUCGAUAAAAUAUCAGGUGUAAAGGCUAUUAAGAUAAACAUUGAAAUUUGCAUUGCAAUUACUUCUGAGCAGAUUUUAAGUUUAACUGUUAUAAAUUAUUUGUUUAAUAGGGACCAAUAAUAAUAUCAAACUAAUAAAUGAUACAUUUUUCUUCAGAUACAGCUUUAUGGAUGAAAAUUUCAGUUUUUAUUUUUCUAGUAGAUACCUUAUUACUGCAUUGUAAAUAUAAAUUAACGUAUAUAUAAUUAAAUUGUAUUUAUUACUUAAAUUUAUGGAUUUUGCUCUGUCUGCUCUACUAUUAUCGUUUUAAUUAUUUCGUGGUGAAAUUGAAACGUGCUUAAAUUCAUACGUAAACCACAAUGUUUUAUGACUUUUUUUUAUUUCUAGCAACGGUUGUGUAACAUUUUGUAUAAAUUAUUAUAAAUAUAUUGUACGUUCUGCAACUA